GUAAAAAUCAAACCACAAAGAAAUAAGUUUGUGAAAAAUUAAAUCAAAUAUUGUAAAAAAUAUUGUUUUUUAAAUUUAUAAUUUAAGUUUAUGCAUAUAUAAAAAAAUGGAUGCCGAUUUAUAUGAUGAGUUUGGAAAUUAUAUCGGCCCUGAUCUGGCGUCCGAGAGUGAGGAUGAAAAUGAAUACGGAAAAGUUGGUGAUGAUAUUGAGGACAGAGAACGAUCUGAUGAAGAAAUGGAAGAAGACAAAGAUGAGUCGCGAGAGCAAGUGGAACAAGGAUCUUCUAUGGCAGUUGUAUUACAUGAAGACAAGCGAUAUUAUCCUAGUGCAUUAGAAGUAUAUGGACCUGAGGUAGAAACACUUGUGCAAGAAGAAGAUGCUCAACCAUUAGAUAAACCACUAAUAGCACCUACUAGAAAAGCAAAGUUUCAAAUAAAACAACAACAACUUCCUGAAACUACAUAUAGCAUUGAAUUUUUAGCAGAUAUGAUGGAUGCACCACAUCUUAUUAGAAAUGUGGUUUUGUUGGGACAUCUUCAUCAUGGCAAAACUACCUUGGUUGAUUGUUUGGUACAACAAACACAUCCUUAUUUACAUAAUAUAACUGACGAAAAACCAUUGAGAUAUACGGACACAUUGUUCACUGAACAACAAAGAGGUGUUUCCACGAAAGCUACUCCUGUUACUCUUUUGCUACAAGAUGUUAAAUCUAAAUCAUAUCUUUUAAAUGUAUUUGAUACACCAGGACAUGUAAAUUUCUCUGACGAAGCGACAGCCGCAAUCCGACUGUCUGACGGUGCGAUACUGAUUGUCGAUGCAGCGGAAGGUGUAAUGCUAAAUACUGAGCGAUUGUUGAAGCAUACGAUUCAGGAAAAGCUUGCUUUGACAGUUUGCAUAAAUAAGAUAGAUCGUUUGGUGUUAGAGUUAAAAUUACCACCCCAGGAUGCUUAUUAUAAAUUGCGGCAUAUUAUCGAAGAGAUUAAUGGGCUAAUAGGAUUGUACUCUUCGGAUACCGAGAAUCCUGGCUUUGUUUCACCUGCCGUUGGAAAUGUCUGUUUCGCUAGUUCCGAAUAUAAUGUAUGCUUUACUUUGAAAUCAUUUGCCGCGCUCUACGCCAAAAAUUAUCCCGGACUCAAUGCCAAUGAAUUCGCCAAACGGCUCUGGGGCGAUAUUUAUUUUAACCCUAAAACUCGGAAGUUUACCAAAAAACCACCACAUAAUACCGCGCAGCGAAGUUUUAUCGAGUUUAUCCUGGAGCCUCUGUAUAAGAUAUUCGCACAAGUUGUCGGUGAUGUAGACACAACGUUACCCGAUGUUCUAGACGAACUUGGCAUACGAUUAACAUCUGAGGAAAUGAAGAUGAAUAUACGACCGUUGCUAAGACUUGUUUGUACACGAUUCUUAGGAGAUAUGUGUGGGUUAGUGGACAUGUGUGUCACUCAUGUGCCUAGCCCGCAAGCACACGCUUCUACUAAAGUUCAGCACAUCUAUACUGGCCCAGUGGAUUCUCUGCUUGCGCAAGACAUGAUUAAUUGUGAUCCCGACGGAAGACUGAUGAUUCACAGUACAAAGAUGUAUCCAACUGAGGAUUGUACUCUAUUUGUAGUUCUUGGUAGAGUAAUGUCCGGUACAUUGGAAGCAGGACAACGUGUUCGCGUAUUAGGUGAAGCGUAUUCACGAACAGAUGAAGAAGAUUCGCGCGUUCUUACGGUUGGCAGAUUGUGGAUUAGCGAAGCGCGUUAUUCGAUUGAGUUAAGUCGUGUACCUGCGGGCAAUUGGGUCCUCAUAGAAGGUAUCGAUCGGCCGAUCGUAAAGACUAGCACAAUUACUGAUCUUAAUAAUUCGGAAGAGUUACAUAUCUUUCGACCACUCAAAUUCAAUACGCAGAGUGUUAUCAAAAUUGCCGUUGAACCGGUCAAUCCAUCUGAGUUACCGAAGAUGUUGGAUGGUUUGCGAAAGGUAAAUAAGAGCUAUCCGUUGCUGGGCACACGAGUGGAAGAAAGCGGCGAGCACGUCGUGUUGGGUACCGGCGAGCUUUAUCUUGAUUGCGCGAUGCAUGAUCUGCGUCGUAUGUAUUCCGAGAUUGAUAUAAAGGUAGCUGAUCCAGUGGUCGCCUUCGCGGAAACCGUUGUAGAAACCAGUUCCCUUAAAUGUUUUGCCGAAACGCCGAAUAAACGAAAUAAAUUAACGAUGAUAGCAGAACCGCUUGAAAGGGGUCUAGCCGAAGACAUAGAGGCUGAGCAAGUCCGUAUUACAUGGAAUAAAAAGAGACUUGGAGAGUUUUUCCAAACAAAAUACGAUUGGGAUUUAUUAGCGGCACGAAGCAUAUGGGCAUUUGGUCCCGACUCUACGGGCCCUAACAUUCUGGUGGAUGACACUCUGCCUUCCGAAGUAGAUAAAACAUUAUUGAACAGCGCUCGCGAUGCUAUCAUUCAAGGUUUUCAAUGGGGAACUCGCGAAGGUCCGUUGUGUGAAGAACCGAUCCGGAAUGUCAAGUUCAAAAUUCUUGACGCAGUUAUUGCGCAGGAGCCACUACAUAGAGGAGGUGGUCAAAUCAUUCCUACCGCUCGACGUGUUGCGUAUUCCGCUUUUCUUAUGGCGACUCCACGGUUGAUGGAACCGUACCUGUUCGUCGAGGUACAAGCGCCCGCGGAUUGCGUAUCCGCCGUUUAUACAGUUUUAGCGAAACGACGAGGUCACGUGACACAAGAUGCACCAGUUCCCGGUAGUCCAUUGUAUACGAUCAAGGCUUUUAUACCAGCGAUUGACAGUUUUGGCUUUGAAACGGAUCUACGAACGCACACUCAAGGUCAAGCGUUUUGUCUAUCCGUUUUUCACCAUUGGCAGAUCGUGCCCGGAGAUCCUUUGGACAAGAGUAUUACUAUCAGACCGUUAGAACCACAGCCGGCCACCCAUCUCGCUAGAGAGUUUAUGCUGAAAACACGAAGACGCAAGGGACUAUCUGAAGAUGUAUCCAUUAAUAAGUUCUUCGAUGAUCCUAUGUUACUCGAAUUGGCCCGGCAGGAUGUGUUGCUGAAUUAUCCUCUUUAAGUUAAUAAGUAAAUACAAACAUAAUAAUGCAUAUAUAAGUAAACACAUACAAAAUAAAUGUAUAAAAUAUCAUGCAUUAAAGUUUCGUACAAAAAAAA